AUGGCGGAUGAAAGUGUGUCUCGCGACACUAAAACGACGGUCAAAGACUUGAACCAGAUUAUAACUGAACCUGCUCAUGGUUUUUUCAUGUUACCUUCUGAUCCGUACAACGAAGUGUUCGACGGAAUUUUUGUCGGCGAUGCGUAAGUAUCACAAUUAUUUCUCUUUCUUUCAGCUUAGUAAAUGUGCAGCUGUGGGAUAUUUUGCUUCAUCGGUCCUGAGGGUUUGCCUCGGUCUGUCCAGGCUUCAUCCUGAGGAAGGUACCGUAACUGCUGCUUCAAAUCCUUUUACAAUGAAGUAAACUACAGUAAAUAACUUCAAAUGAGUGCCAAGCCCAGCCAGUACUGUCUUAUUCCAACCCCUCAAGUCUUUUCACCCUGGUAAUUGUUGCAUAAUGUGGGAGAAUAUUAUUGGCAUAUAAAAAAUAUAAGUUCGUUUGCAAUCAUUUGCAUACAUUGGUCAACUAUUCCCGUGGCAAACCCCUUGAAGGAUGGCGAAGUUUUGAAAAGGAGGGCUUAUAUUUUUUCUUCAAAGGAGUGUACAAAAUUUGGACACUUUGGUCGUUUUUUCGAAGGUGCUGACAAAAAAUUAACUCUUUGGAUAAUUUUUUUACAGUGAAACCUGUAUUAAGUGGACAUUGUAUUAAGGGGACACCCUCUAUUAAGCGGACAUUAACCGAACUCCCCAAAUUUAAUUCCCUUAUUUACUUCAAACAAGACUUUUAUUAAGUGGACACCUCUAUUUAGCGACACAGACACCUAAAACGUACCUGAAAUGGUAAUUUCUAUUGUUGCCAACCUGUAUUAAACAGACAGUGGUAAUUAAAUUCCACCACUCAACUUGCCAGACACCAGAAAUGUGAAAGAUUGCCACCCACAAAUGUUUUGAUUUUUACAUUAAAAAAACAUGAUUGACAAACUUAUUUGAUUAUUUUCACAGCGCAGUGUUGUUUUCUAUUUUGUUUUGUUUGUAUUUGUUUCACUCAUCUGAGUUCUUCAAAUUUGAGUUGCAAUCUAUGUUUUUGGUACUAUGAGCAUUUGGUCCUCUUUAAUAAAGAAAAAUAAUUCCAACGUAUAUCGUCAUAAUCUCUGGGAGUAUUCUAAAUGUUUCCACUGUUCAUUUGAAUGGCAUUUGAUACCUCAUAUGACGUUAUCUAUUAAAACCUGUAUUAGUUGGACAUCCUGUAUUAAGCGGACACUACAGCAUUCCCGAAGGUGUCCACUUAAUACAGGUUUCACUAUAUUUCAAAAGGUGCUAACAAACAGUGAGGGUGCGGAUUCCAGCCAUCUUUAGGGGAGUGUGUGUGUGGAAGGGAGAGAAGUUAAAAAAAUGGAUCGUCCCCUUGAUACCAAUGAAGAGAUUUUUAGGAAAUUUAUGAGAGCUAGGAGAGAGGUUUCCUUGACUUUUAGUCUCUCUUUUCCCAGCACUUCUAUGAUCUGCAGUGUUUUUGUCCCCUAUGCUUUCUGAUAUCACAGAUAGGGUUUAUUUCCUUUGGGUGAGCUGUUAUUUUGUUGUUCCAUGUGACUAUGGCACAAAUUAUUUUGAGGGAGGAAGGUUGGCGCAAAUAAGCUACUUUCGAUAUAUUAAAAUUCAGCAUGAUAGCAAGUCAUAGAGGUCACAAACAAAGAAAGUGAAUAAACAUGAAUAAUCAUGGUUUACUCAUUUUCUUUGCUUGUGUCCUCUAAGACUCGCUAUCAUGCUGAAUUUUAAUAUAUCAAAAGUUGCCUAUUGAGGGAAGCCAUACUCUUAUUGAUGCAUUCGAGUACCUUAUCUGAUUCAUAAUUACAAUACCUAAUCAUUUUGUGUAUGUUACUGUGCUUGCCUGCAUUUUCAUGUGGGACUAGCCAAAGUAUAACACAGACUAAAUUUAAAUCUAUUAAAAAUUUCAGUGAAACUGCCAUGGAUGAGGGGAAACUUCAAAAAAUAGGAAUUACUCAUGUGCUAAAUGCUGCAUUUGGAACCAAAUUCUAUCAUGUUAAAACUGGGCCGGAUUACUACUGUGAAUCAGGAUUUAUCUUCCACGGUAUUCCAGCCAUGGACAUGUUUACCUUUAAACUCAUAAAAUACUUUGAUGAGGCAUGCGAUUUCAUAGGGAAAGCAAUUGGAACAAAGAAAACUGGAAAGAAGAAUGGCAAAAUAUUCGUUCAUUGUAGAGAGGGUGUCAGCCGCUCUGUGUCGCUGGUCUUAGCCUAUUUAGUUAGAGAUCAAGAUAUGGAACUCAAGGAUGCUGUGAGACUUGUUCGAAGCAAACGAGAAAUUUCACCCAAUGAAGGUUUCCUUCAACAACUGAUAGAGUACUCAGCUAAGCUUGGAAAGGCAUAG